GCCACUACAUAAAAGGGGGAGCAACCUUUCGUUUUCAGUCACAGUUGAAUCCACUGGGAACUCGCCACUGGAGCAGCUGGUCAGUCCGCCUCAGCUGAAGUAGCUCAUCGAGAAUCUUUUAGUGUUGGCGGUUGUAAGCUGCUGCUUCAGUUACUAAAAAAAUGUCUUGGAAUAACCACCAACCAGUAGAAUUUUCCCUAUCUUCAACCAACCCCUAUGGGAACUUCACGGUUGUGGAUAUGGCACCAAAGGAGAUCCUCCACAUGGUGGAUCCUCACUGGUACCAGUAUCCUCCUCUGAAUCCACUGUGGUAUGGUUUGGUAGGGAUGUGGGUUGGAGUCAUGGGAUGUCUUUCCAUUGCUGGUAACUUUGUUGUCAUCUGGGUAUUCAUGAAUACCAAGUCACUUCGUACUCCAGCUAACUUGCUUGUUGUCAACUUAGCUGUCUCUGAUUUCCUGAUGAUGUUCUGUAUGUUCCCACCCAUGAUGAUUACCUGCUAUUGGCAAUCAUGGACUCUUGGUGCAUUCUUCUGUGAAGUCUAUGGGUUCCUGGGAUCUCUGUACGGCUGUGUCUCAAUCUGGUCCAUGGUUUGGAUCACUCUCGAUCGAUACAAUGUUAUUGUUAAGGGUGUGUCUGGAACCCCUCUGACCAACAGUGGAUCCCUUAUGAGAAUUGGUGGCACUUGGGUAGCUUCCAUUGCCUGGUGUCUUCCUCCAUUCUUUGGGUGGAACCGCUAUGUACCAGAGGGCAACCUGACUGCUUGUGGUACUGACUAUCUUACUGAUGAUGUCUUCUCUCAUGCUUACCUGUACAUCUACUCUGUCUGGGUAUAUCUGUUGCCUCUUUUCCUCAACAUCUACCUGUACACCUUUAUCAUCAAGGCUGUCGCCAACCAUGAGAAACAGAUGCGAGAACAGGCCAAGAAGAUGGGUGUCAAGUCUCUCAGGAGUGAAGAGAACCAGAAGGCCUCUGCUGAGUGCCGUCUGGCCAAGGUUGCUCUCAUGACCGUGUCCCUGUGGUUCGUUGCAUGGACACCCUAUUUCAUCAUCAACUGGAGUGGAAUGCUCAAGAAAGAUUUGGUCUCUCCUGUAUACACCAUCUGGGGUUCUGUAUUCGCUAAGGCUAACGCUGUCUACAAUCCUAUUGUGUAUGCCAUCAGUCAUCCCAAAUACCGUGCAGCUCUUGAGAAGAAGCUUCCAUGCCUUGCAUGUAAUACUGAGAGAAAUGAUACCGUCAGUGAAACUGCUUCUGCUACCACCACCAAUGAAAAGGCAGCAGAGAGUUCUUAAAGUUUGUGAUAUGAAGACUUUGAUUCAAAAUUUGUUUUUCUGAAAAUUAAUAUCUCUGAUGUGUUUCAAUUUGAUUUAAUAAAUGAUUAUUUUUUGCAUUCAGAA